CGAAACCAUAGGGUGGUCGGAAUGCAUUCCCCCUAACGGCACCCAGCCCCUCGUCUCUCCCCACGCGUCCCCCCAAGUGGGGCCCGCGGAGUCUUCGUGGUCCGGUCGCUCCGGUACCAACAAAGAAAAAGCGAAAAAGAGAGAGUAACAGCUAUCCAAAACUCGUACUAAGCUCCAAAGACCGGAACGGCGAAGCGACUCGAACGCCUCCAUCAAAUCAAAUCAACAACCAAAAAUAGAAAUACGGGCGGAGUUGGGAGGAGAGGGAUACUAAAGGGGAGCUGGAGUGAAGACUUUUCCGGAGAGACCAGAUGGAAGAGAUGGAGGAGAGAGAGAGGCAUGUGUACAUGGCGAAGCUGGCGGAGAAGGCGGAGAGAUACGAAGGAGAUACCACCAUAUGCUGUCUUCUACCAGCUUAUAAGAGAAGUUUAAUUUGUCAUGUCCCAGAAAUGGUGGAGUCCCUGAAGAAGAUUGCUAGAAUGGACAUAGAACUGACAGCAGAGGAGAGGAAUUUACUGUCGGUUGGGUACAAGAAUGUGAUUGGUCCGAGGAGAGCAUCAUGGAGGAUCCUCGCGGCACUUGAAGAGAAGGAAGAAGGAAAGGAGAGUGAGAAAAAUGUUAAGAGGAUGCAGGACUACAAGAAGAGAGUUGAAGAUGAGCUCACAAAGAUCUGCAACGACAUCUUGUCCAUCAUUGCCAUCCAUCUCCUCCCAUCCUCCACUGCUGGUGAAUCCAUCGUCUACUUCUACAAGAUGAAAGGAGAUUAUUACCGGUAUAUGGCUGAGUACAAGACUGUGAAUGAAAGAAAAGAAGCUACAGAUCAGUCACUCAAGGCUUACCAGGCUGCUACAAGCACUGCUAUGACAGAGCUUCCACCCACCCAUGUGAUAAGACUUGGUCUUGCCCUGAAUUUCUCGGUGUUCUAUUAUGAGAUUAUGAAUUUGCCUGAAAGAGCGUGUCACUUGGCUAAACAAGCAUUUGAUGAGGCUAUUACAGAGCUCAAUUCCCUCUGUGAAGAAUCUUAUAAAGACAGCACACGUAUUAUGCAGCUUCUUAAGGAUAACCUCGCAUUAUGGUCAGCAGAUCUGCCAGCUGAAGGAGGUGAACAAUCCCCAGGCACUAACAAUGAUAUGGAGGAAUAGUUGGUCUGUCCGAAGGGAUGGUGUUUGGUUGAGGACCCUGCACUGCUGUUAGCGAAGGAGACUGGUGGCUACAACAUAUUUGCGUGGCUGAAAAGUAAAGAGUGCGUUUCUUUUCUUUCGGAUUGGAUUGAUGUGUGUUUACAGCUCACAAAUAUUAUGGUUGGGACCAAGAAACCCAGCUUCCAUACUUGCCCUCACCGCUGUUAUGACAUGUUCCUGUAAGAGAAAGCUGCAAAUCAGCAACAAUUAUUGGAGUCUGUUGCAGUGAUGCUGGUUUUAUAAAUCUUGCGGUGGUGGACUGAUUUUUCUUC